GAAUCGCGGCGAACCUGCACGGACUUUCACCAUGCAGUUCAAAACAAAACAUUUACAAUUUUAAGAUCUGUCAGAAAUCUCGCAUUUACUAGUUUUUUAACGUUUUGAAUGUUUUAAGAUAUUUACCGUUUGAUCCAAGAGGAAUUUACAUUCCUAGUAGAAAACAAUGGCAGAGUACAUGGAGUAUCAGUGGAAUUUGGCAAACUCCGCCACUGAAAGUGAUUUGCUAGCCAGGCCUCCUAUUUUGUCAAAACAUCAAGCAAUUUCUGCCGUAAGAGGUCUGCUGCCGUCUCGACCGGAUGUUGGUUUUCUCUGCACGGAGGAUGAGUUUUUGCUGCGAUUUUUGAAUGCUCGCAAGUUUAAAAUUGAGGAUAGUUUCAAUUUGUUAGUAAAUUACUAUCUCUACCGGCAAAGAUACCGCCACUUGUUUAUCGGCCUCAACGUGCAGGACCCUCUCAUCAGGCGGGCCCUUUUUGAUGGAAUACCUGGAGUGCUGCCGCAGUGUGAUAAGAGAGGACGGAGAGUAUUGGUGAUCUAUGCCAACAACUGGGACAUCGAGCAAUAUUCGUUGCUCACCAUCUACAGAGGCCUUUUACUGUCUUUGGAAAAACUGAUCCAAGACCAGCAAACCCAGAUGGCCGGAUUGAUUGUGAUUGUCGACUGGUCUGGAUUUACACUUCGUCACACUGGUGCUCUUAGUCCCAAGGCUUUGAAACUGAUGCUUGAGGGAUUGCAGGAUGCGUUCCCGGCCAGAUUCAAAGCCAUCCACAUGAUUGGCCAGCCUUGGUACUUGGAAGCUGCUUUGUCAGUGAUCAAGCCAUUUUUGAAGGAGAAAACUCGAAAUAAGAUUUUUCUGCAUGGUGCAAAUCUAAGUAAACUCCACGAGUACGUUGACAAAGAACUUUUGCCAGCUGAACUCGGAGGUGAGGGCCCAGGAUACCAUGCUGGAAAAUGGGCAGAAGAACUCAUUGGCACCUCACUUGACCCUGCCCUUUUUAUACAAGACGAGCAAGCUGCAGCUAAAGCAUUCAAGAAAUCACAAACUUUCUCUGGGACAAUUCAAGAGGAGUCUUGCUAGUUUACUCAUUGUCAGCACUAACUGUUCUCCGAAACAAACCCGAUCAACCGAAACUUGAGAAGUUUUGCAGGAACAUGAAAAUCUCACCUCUUAUUUAUAAGUCUUUUUGAGUCUCUUCUUUCGAAACUGAUUUUAAUGUAUAUAUUAUUUUUAAACUUUGACUCUUGCACAGCAUUAGGGUUUUAUCUAAGUACUUAUACAUAUUUUCAUAAAGCACAAGUAUGAAUUUAUUACUGUAGGAAUUGCCUUUUUCUUGAUGCACUAAAUCUGUGAUAAAUCUGUUUUUUCAAUAUAUAAUGUACUUUUAACGGUACAUCCAAAAUCUGUGUUCUUACAAAAGCUUUAAAUUUAUCAAAAUGCAAUAUGACUGCUUGUAAAAUUCCACUAUAAUUCUUGAAUCACAUAAAGCUUUAUUGCGAUUGUAAUCUGCACUAGUUUCUCAUCUAUUUACUUUAAAUAUACAAUGCUAUGCAAAAAAGGACUGACGUUGGAAUGGUCAUCUCGCAUCAAAUCUGUUUAGAAUAAUUGGCCUUGUUGUACUUUUAGAAUAUAUCAUGCAUUUCAAUUUCAGGCCUAAACAUUUAAGAGAAAAUUGAAAUGUUCAUAAUGGCUGGCUUCCCAGUGAUUUCGCCAAAAAAUGUAGAACUAUAACUGUAGUUUGUAGGCAAAGGAAAAAUAAAAUUUGAAAAAAAAA